AUGCAUAUGUAUUUCAUGCGUGUGAAGAUGUCGCUUCAACUCCUGGUGCCGUUUUGGUUCACUUUGGUAUCAUUUGCCUCUGCCGAGAACCAGCAACCAGCAGACGGACACUUCGAUGCGAAUAGUGCGAAAAUAUUAUGCAGUUUGUACACUCUUGCGAAUACAGUGGGGGAGGGUGAAAAAAAUAUCGUAAAUCAUACGAAACACAAGAUUACGUACAUCGAUAACGCAACUGAUUUAAUAAAGAAGGAGCGCGAGGGACUUGAGAAACUGUCAGACGGGAAGGGAUCAAAAGACCUGGCGGCGGUAGAAAAAGCAAAGAAAGAACUUGACGAGGCGCUAGCGGUUGUCGGCAGCGCCAAGACGGAAGUUGAGAAGCAACUUGGGGUUAUUCAAAGUGGCAUAUCAAAAGUCAAGGAGCCCGCCAGGAAGGCAGUGGGAGAAUCGGAAGACACCGGCAUUAGAAAAGUGUUGAGGAGUUAUUGCCAGACCAUAUCCAAAAAACCCAGUAACGCGCAUAGUGACAACGAAAACAACAACUGCCGGGGUGUGUCUACAAAAUCUGUGGGUGAAGGCAUUUAUGAAAUCGAGUGCAGAGGCCAACCGAAAGGUUUGGAUCAUCUCGGAAUGGGAGCUGCCAUGGAAAAGUGGAAUGAUGUUAAACCAAAGCCUUCGAGUCCCACCCACCGUAAUGAAUACGCCGAGACCGCGUGUCGAAUGGACGGAUACUUCACAUCAACUGCAUGCACCGUUGAUGAGAGCGGAUGGAUUGAGCAUUACAAAAAAGCGAUUGAUGCAAUGAAACCUGUCGUGGAUGCCUGUCAGGCGGUGCAGAAUGCCGUUGACCGAGUGAAGGAUCAGGUGCAACAUGUGGAUGCCGCGCUGAAACCCGUCGCUGGUCCCGGUAAGGACUUUAAAGUGGAACAAGUGGGUGAGGAUUAUGAUGCGGAAAAAGAGGACGGAGUUAUUGAGGAUGAUGAUAAACUUUCCGAAGGAGGAACCUCCGAGUUGUCCAGCGGCACACGUAUUGCCAUUUACGUGGUGUGCGCCGUCGUUCCCCUUUUCCUCAUUAUUGUCGCUGUCACAAUUUUUUUCUUGCGGAAGCGGCGGCCGGGAACAAAAGAAGAUGUGGCCGCAGGGGAGACCAAUGGGAAACAGGCACCAAGUUACCUGAGGGAGUGA